AUGACAUCCUUUGAAGCACUCGCCAAACGGAUGGGGAGCGCAGGCAACAGCGAGCUGUUGAUCGUCAGCUUCGAUAUCGGUACUACCCAGUCUGGAGCCGCACUGGCUUACAUCGCUCCAGAGGGGAAAGGAAGUAUCGCCCCGGUCGUGAUCGAGAAGUUACCCGCAAAGGGUGGGUCACUCGAACCUGCUCGAACCUCUGCUAACCAGAACGAUGCUGACUGUAUCGAGGUGCCUCCUUUCAGAGGCAAAUGCUUAGACAAGUGGGGCUCACAAGUCGGCAAACUUACGAAAGAGGAGAAGGAGGAUCUCAAGUCAGGGAAGAUAGUCAAGGUCGAAUGGUUCAAGCUGCACAUCGAUCCAGAGCAAAACAACAAUGCUACCCAUCUGACCGAGCCUACUAAACGACUACCCAAGGGCAAGAAGGGAGUAGAUGUCUGGGGUGAGUAUUUGGGCCGACUCAGCUCAGCGGCUAAGGAAGCGAUCAAGACCGACUACCAUAUCACUUGGCUGGAAGAACUGGAGAAGCGGGGCAAGGUCCGAUACGUGGUGACGAUUCCGGUUGCUUGGCAGAAAGGCAAGUUGAUUCUCAUCGCGAAGCUAUGCAACGACCAUGAUGGCGCUCAGGAAACAAGCUGUGCGUGUAGGGCUUAUCAAGCAAGAUACGAUGUCAAACUUGAAGUUCUGUUCGGAGAGCGAGGCCUCCGCGUUACACUGCUACGAGCGAUCGGCCAUCUUAGACCUAAAGAUGCUGGUGGCGGAACUGUCGAUUUUACUUCGUACCGGAUCAAUCAGACCGAUCCGAUCCGUCUUGAAGAAGUGGGGCUGGCAUCGAAGGUUUGCCUCUAUAGUGGUUCGACCUACAUCGACAAGUCGUUUCGACGAGUUAUCAAGGAUCACCUACAGUCAAGCUACCCCAAAACACAAGCGGUCUCUGAGAUGCACAUCGACAAAGCAGUACAAAUGUUCUCGUAUGAAGCAAAACCAGAUUUCACAAUGAAGGACGUAUUGCCAGGCUGUUGGAAGAUCUCAGAGAAUGAAGAUGAUUUCGAGGAUGGCGAAAUCACGGUACCCUGGUACUCACAACAGCUACGCGACAGGAGAGUUAUGGCGCUGGCUUUCGAUGAGCAUGUCGACAAGAUCGUUCAAUCAGCAGGGCAUAUUGUCGCGGACGAGAAGCCGAAAUACAUAUUCUGUUCAGGGGGAUUGGGAGACAGUGUAUAUCUCCGCGAGAAGUUGGAGAUGCAUUGCUCCAAUGUCAAGAUCGCACAGCCGGACAAGCAAGGAUCUUCCACCGGAUCUCGAGCUGUUACGCUGGGAGCGUGUAUUGCUGGCCUCCGUAACUGCGUCGAGAAGCGAAACGUUUCGGUGUGCAUCGGCUGCACUACAGAACGAAGAGUUCAGCCUUGGGAGACUGUGCCAAUGGGUGAGACGACCAGGCGCCAACAUGGAUGGACCUAUCUCACCAACAGAUUUACUGUGAUCAUCAACCCGAACAUCAAUGUGGGUGAGAAAGAACAUUACGAGAAAACACUUUGUCAGGAAUUCCCGCAUCCUUUGAAAGGUCCAGGUCGGUGUACCUUGAAGAUACUGCAAACCCACUCCAAAAUUGUGCCAGUAAGAUCUACUGAUCCAGUGCUGAGCGAAAUUGGACAAUUCAGUUUCUCUAUUCCGGUCCAUGCUACUCACCGGAUCCAGCUUGCUCCCGAUGGAACAUCUAUCGCCCAGUAUACUUUCAAGGUGAAGGUAUUUUAUGGGGAUACUGAACUGCGUGCUGCCGCCUAUACGCUGGAAGACGAGGUCUUAGGGGGAAAUACUUUCCUGGAAGGUCCUGCUAAGAUCCAGAAAUGAUACAAGCUGCUACACUCCUCUCGCGGUAUCGGGUUAUAGGAUGUGAUGGCGUUUCAGAG